AUGAUACAGUUUGUAGAUGAACAACUUGUUAAAUUGCUUGAAAGUAUCGCUGAUUCCAAGAAGCAUGGCAUACACUUAAUGCACACGGUGUAUUCUGAAGUAUGUAAGUACAACAAAUGGGUAAUUAGUUCCGAAACAAUGCACACAGAGUCGAGGUUCGAUAUGUCUUUGCUAAACAAGGUAUACAUAGGAAAUGUAACAUGCUCAAAAAGCACCAUUAUGGACAUUUUGAAUGUAUUUGGACGAUUUUUAAUAAACUACAUCAGCAGCAAGGAGUGUGUAUUUGUAGACUUUGACAAUCCACAUGCAGCAUACCUGUGCAUGGAAGAGAUGACUGGAAUGAUAGUUGAUGGAAAAGUGCUCAAAGCUGGCAGAACUUCUUCUUUUCCGUCUGAAAUUCCGCAUGAAAUAAGAAGUCCAGAUAAACGCAUUAUAUAUGUAUCGAAUGUUAGCCAGGAAGUAGAGGAAGCGCAUCUCGAGGAAAUAUUUUCAAAGAUAGGGAAGGUUGAUUCAGUCAGGUUUUUGUAUGAUUCAUGGUUUGUGCAUAAAGGAUACGCAUAUGUCAAGUUUACGAAUGCUGCAGAUGCAAGAAAAGCUCUUGGAUACACAAACAAGAUUGGAAUAUAUGGUAUGAAGCUAAAGAUUGGUCCAACAGUGAUUAAGAUGGAGAUGCCUGAGUGUGUACAUCACUCUGAAAUUCCAAAAAGGGUGUUUGAAAUCAAGACAAGGAUCGAAAGUAUGCUAUUUAGUAGAGGACGAAUGGUUAUUUUAAGGAAUUUGAUAAAUUAUGAAGAAGCAGAUGAUGAGUUUGAACAGGAGAUGCAUGCAGAAAUGAAGAAAUAUGGGAGUGUUGUCAAGUUUAUGGUUGUUAAGAUACCUGAUGUGGCUGUUUAUUGUUUGUAUUCUUCUGAAGAAGAGGCGAGACAUUCGUUUGAGAUUCUGAAUGGCAGGUUUUUUGGAGGAAGACGAAUCCGUGCAGAGAUGUCGUCUGAAGAGUUUCCAGUGUGA